AUGGAAAAUUGCUGCAAUGCUGAUGAUGGCUGCUAUCGUACUUAUAAAUUAAUUUAUAGAGUAAGGUCAUUACUGGACAUUGUAUUAAUGGAUUAUCAUCGUUUGAUCGUAUUAAUGGAUUAUCAUCGUUUGAUCGUAUUAAUGGAUCAAGAUCAAGAUGGGAAGGGUUUACAAAAGAUUACCCGGAAAAUGAUGUCAAUCACCGAUUCAUUUCUAUUUAUAGUUCAAACCAUCACUCAGGUAACUAUAUGCAUGUGUUACCCAUCGUUCAGGUAA